CACUGUCCGCUUUUGAACUAGGGUCACACUGCGUCGGGGGUGAAGCCAAGUCCACGAAAAAGAAAAGUGAAUAAAAAGCGUAAAAUGUGUGUGAAAUAGUGAAAUUGCGGAGGAAAAGGCAGUGCGAGAGACCCAAAGUGACAAUGAGCCGCACAAUUAGCUAGAAAAACACCUCUAAAUCGCUGUGAGCGGUAUGCACUGCGCCCUGCAUACCUGCAUAUGAAAACCUGCUGCCGCGGCCGUAAUUACAGUUAGACACUAAAAUAGCUGCACGGUCAGGUUGCGAGGUGAUUUGGGGCACCCAGCUUGUCGAGAAGGGGGAUACGGGAUCGGGUGUAGCCCACGCAAGCUAGCCCAAUUGCAAUGGAAAACGAAUCCGUCAAGUCGGAACACAGUGGACGCUCCAGACGGUCGCGGAAUCACAAUAACAACGGCGGUGGGGGAGGAGGAAGUGGAGGUGGUGGUGGUGGAGGAGGAGGCGGCGGCAGUGUAAACAACGGCUACCACAGGGAGCGGGAUCGUUCCAGACACUCGCACCGCAGCACCCACUCUUCCAAGUCGGGCAAGGGAUUCCAGCGAGGUGACAUGGCACCCUACCAGACCAGCGUUAAUAUGACAGGAGAUGGCAGCCACGAUGGUCAAGAGGUCAUCGAGGUGCAGAUUCUGCCGCAGGACGAGAACUGGGGCGAGAACACUACCGCCGUCACGGGCAACACAUCCGAGCAAAGCAUCUCAAUGGAGGACAUUAACAACAUGUGGCACCGCGAAAGCGACAAGGGCUUCGGCUUCGCCUGCAGGCGCUACGUAGAGUCUAGCUUCUACUUUCUGCUGGGAUGCGGCACCUUCUUUUCGCCGGUGGCCAUGGUGGUAAUGCCCUAUGUGGGCUUCUUCCCCUCGGCCUUCGAUCAUCCUGAGUUGACGCAGACGGUGCGCACCCAGCUGCUGGCCUGCAGCGAGCAGUGCAAGGGCCAGCUGGUCUCACUGGCCGCCCGCCUCCUGCUCCUGGCCAUUGGACUAUGGGCGGUGUUCAUGAGACGCACUUCGGCAAGCAUGCCGCGGAUUUUUCUGUACCGCGCUUUGGUACUCCUGCUGGUUACCAUCUGCACGUUCGCCUACUGGCUUUUCUACAUCGUGCAGGUCACGAACGGAGCCAAGAUCGUGGUGGAGACCGGAGGCGAUGCCGUGGACUACAAGUCGCUGGUAGGCUAUGCCACCAACUUUGUGGACACGCUCCUGUUCAUCCACUAUGUGGCCGUGGUGCUGCUGGAGCUGAGGCACCAGCAGCCCUGCUACUAUGUCAAGAUCAUCCGCUCCCCGGACGGAAUUUCGCGGUCCUACAUGCUGGGCCAACUGAGCAUACAGCGGGCGGCUGUGUGGGUGCUGCAGCAUUACUACGUGGACUUCCCGAUCUUCAACCCGUAUCUGGAGCGCAUCCCCAUUUCCGUAUCCAAGUCCCAGCGUAACAAGAUAUCGAAUAGCUUCAAGUACUACGAAGUGGAUGGGGUAAGUAAUUCGCAGCAGCAGAGUCAGAGCAGGGCGGUUCUGGCGGCAAAUGCCCGGAGGCGUGACUCUUCGCACAACGAGCGCUUCUACGAGGAACACGAGUAUGAGCGGCGCGUGAAGAAGCGGCGUGCCCGACUAAUCACUGCCGCUGAAGAGGCCUUCACCCAUAUUAAGCGUAUCCAUAACGAACCCGCUCCAGCACUGCCACUCGAUCCGCAGGAGGCUGCCUCUGCGGUCUUUCCCUCGAUGGCCAGGGCUCUGCAGAAAUACUUGCGGGUUACGCGCCAGCAGCCACGACACACCUUUGAGAGCAUCCUAAAGCACCUGGCACACUGCCUGAAGCACGAUCUGUCGCCGCGCGCCUUCCUGGAACCGUAUUUGACCGAGUCGCCGGUGAUGCAGAGCGAGAAGGAGCGCCGCUGGGUGCAGUCGUGGUCGCUCAUUUGUGACGAGAUCGUCUCCCGGCCCAUUGGCAACGAGUGCACGUUCCAGCUGAUCCAGAACGAUGUCUCUCUCAUGGUCACCGUGCACAAGCUGCCGCACUUCAACCUGGCGGAGGAGGUGGUGGAUCCCAAGAGCAACAAAUUUGUGCUGAAGCUGAACUCUGAAACAUCCGUAUGACACCACCACAACGCCCCACCGAUAAUAACGCCCACGCACAGCAACCAGACCCAAUCGUCGUAUUUGCAUGUGUUUGUCUGAUAAUCCCAACGUUUCCUUCCUUUCCAUUCCUAAUUUAUUUACUUUUAUAAAAUAUUCACUCAAGUGAUUCGAUUUUAGAGGACUUUUGAGAAGUAAAUAAUCUUCAAACGCCAGAAACUUCAUCAUAAUCAAUCAAAUGGAGCAAUCAAAAUUAAUUAUUAACGAAUAUGCUCCAAAUCCAACUAUCUGGCUAGAAAAAUAUUUUUAAAAACAUAAUCAAGUCGAAAAGUCGAAACCGAACAGAUUCAAUAAAAGCAGGCCCUUUACUUCUUUGUUCAAAUAACUGAAGAUUAGGUGAGGACCCGAUGUACUUAUCAGCUAUAAACGUGAACUUAUGACCCAAAAUAUCAACAACAAAUGCUCAAAAGCCCAGUGUAUCAUCCUAAACCGACUCGAACAUAUCACACGACCCUUUGAUAAGCAAAUAUGACUUACAAGUUCCCAAAGUAUUAAUUAUAAGAAUGAUGGUUCGACUUGCAGAACCGCGAUCAUAAGAAAUCAACUCUUCAAUGCAGCUCUUUUAUACACGUUUUUAUUUUAGGAAAUAUGUUUAGUAUAAAGUUGGGCUUUCUCGUCUCAGUAUAUUUUAACCGAUAUCUGUGACGUUUAAACCCCAGCGCUAGCCUUAAGAAGGAAUGGAGUGAGCCAAGGCGAACCCAUGGAAUUUUAGCUAAGACUCGGACUUGCGCCAAAAGUGGAACUACCACUCUUGGCGCGACUCGAUAGAAUUUUACAGACGCACAUUUUAAGCCGAAACCGAAAGGUCCUAACUCUUCUGCUAAAAGUUGAGGAACGACAAAACUAUAACUCGAAUGCAACUGAUGACAAAUACAUAAUUUAAGCAAAGACUGCCUGAAUAUGCAUUUUAUACACACAAAUUGCCAACAGCCACUUACAGGUGUAUGUACUAACCUGUGCAUAGCAACCACUUAUAUACAGAAACUCGUGUAUUUUUAGAAACAAAAUUAUAGUGAUAAGAACCCGAAAUCGUAUUCGAACAUAUGUACGUUCCAGUGAACCCAAUCUAUACAUAUAUAGUAUAUACCUAUUUACAAAACUACUUAGAGAACUUUUGCUUGAGGUUUGAUUUUAUUUUCGUUUCCUAGCUAAAUGCCUUCUGCCGAAGCACAAUUUUUUAUUGCAAUUCUCUAGCAAUUACUUAAAGCAAUUGGAAAGCCAACUCUUAAGCAUACAUACCAUUUAUAUAUUAACUAUCAAACUGUAACUGUUGUAACUGUAAUUAGCUUAUGAAAACACAUGCCGUAAAAUAAAUCGAACCCACUUUUUUAACAGCUUUAA